CUUGCACAGAAAUUAAGGAUUUGCAAUUAAGUGGGUGGUAUUAAUUGAUAUGACCAUCCUUCAAUUCUCAGAAAGAAAUAUAAAAAGCAUUACAAAAAUUAAAAAGUGAAAAUAAGUAUAUUAAAAUGUCAGUAAAUACCCUUACGGAUGUUGGGCGUGAGAAGAACAGUUACCCAAAUCUGAGACCAAGACCUACAAAUAAACACCGUGUUUGUGAAACCAUUACACCGCGCACGUGUCAAGGCAUUUUCCUCCCGUCCGUGUUAGUGGGAACUGGAAGUCCCGGGGAAUCGGAGUCUAACUCCUUUUCGGCAACUGAAGAGAAUGAUGGGUCCUCAUCCAUCAGCGACUCCGAUCCUGAGGAGGGUUUGAAUGAGUUGCAGAAGCAAAUGCUGGAGGAGCACAGGAAAGCCCUGGCCUCCGUCAACAGGAAGUGUGUGCUGCUGGAAAGAGACCGCAGGAAGCGCAUCUCUGUCAGCUGCAAUGAGCUCGGAGAGCUCCUCCCCAAGUUCCCGGGUGGGAGGACCGACAUGGUGACUGUCCUGGAGAGGACGACAAUGUACCUGGAGCUGGUCAAGGAGCUUGUGCCGGCUGACCAGCACAGUGCUAUCUUGUGUCCUCCAGAGGACCUGUACUGCAAAUGGCAGAAAGAGCGCCGGAUUAUGAAGGAAAAACGAAGAAAGAAGAUUUGUGAGGAGAUCCACAAAGCACGUACCCUGCACCAGAAAGCAUGCGCUGCUGGCAAGCGGAAGAAUCCUGCUUCAGCAGCCAAGCAGAGCAGCGUUAAGAGGAGCAUGGAGAGUGACAGUGAAGACUCUUUGACUAAUUCAGGUGACUGCAGUGGGCAAUUAGCUGUUAGUACCCAGCCGAGGUCUUUCCCACUGGAUCUUUCUGUGAAGACCUUUGACUACAACCCAGCUGCUUCCCCGGUGCCCAUGUUCUCCCUGUCUUUGUAUGACCUGGAAAACCCUGUCUGGCCAGACAGCACUCCAACACAUGAACCUCUCGGGCACCUGUUCAUGACACCCGUGUGCACCGACAGAAGUGAAGUAGAAUCUGCUCUGGGAAGGCAUCUCGGACCUCCGACCUCUACCACUGCAGUCAAGCAGCCAGCAAUGCAAGAUUGGGAUCAACUGGGAUUUUGGAAUGAAGAGGAGGAGCAGUUUGUUUCUGUCUCUCAACAGCCAAUGACUGCCCUUGCUGUGGAGAGAGGCGGUGCCCCAGCCCUGGGUAUUGGCUCUGUCAACCGGGUGUUAGCGCCGGGGCCACUGCAGACUCACACAGAGCAAUGGAAAGAAAAAACCUGCGAAUGUUGGGAGGCAGAUCUAUCCCAUUGAAUAUGGAAGCCAGCAGGAGAACCGUGUUCCCAUUGAGAACCUGUGCCUCUUCAAGCUUUAAAUACAGAUGCUAUUAAGAAAUUAACCAGUUUGUCAAAGACUGUAAUGGUGUCUGCUUUAUUUGUUUAUUUUUUAAAAUGGUGUUUCAGUUAUGCCAUGUGGAUGUUUUUGAAUGAAGGCAUGUUAACCAUUAAAUCUCCUGAUCUCUAUUAAA